AUGAGCGCUGGCGAUGGAUUGCGCCGUGGCAAGUCGGCGCGCUGCGGCCUCACUUUCUCCGUGGGCCGCUUCUUUCGUUGGAUGGUGGACACUCGCAUCUCCGUGCGCAUCCAUGAGUACGCGGCCAUCUCGCUCACCGCCUGCAUGGAGAACCUGGUUGAGGAGAUCCGGGCCAGGGUGCUGGCAAGCCAGAGCCCGGAUGGCGGAGGAGCAGGAGGCGGAGACGUGUCAGCCGAGGCCCUGGAGAUGGUCAUCAACAACGACGCCGAGCUCUGGGGAGUUCUGCAACCGUAUGAGCAUCUCAUAUGUGGCAAGAACGCCAAUGGUGUCCUCUCUCUCCCUGCCUACUUCAGUCCCUACAAUGGUGGGUCUCUGGGCCAUGAUGAGCGAGCUGAUGCCUACGCUCAGCUGGAGCUUCGGACUCUGGAGCAGUCUCUCCUGGCCACAUGUGUGGGCAGCAUCUCAGAGCUGAGUGACCUGGUCUCUAGAGCUAUGCAUCACAUGCAGGGGCGCCACCCCUUGUGCCCAGGCACCAGCCCUGCUCGCCAAGCCCGCCAGCCACCACAACCCAUCACAUGGUCCCCUGAUGCUCUUCACACACUCUACUACUUCCUAAGGUGUCCACAGAUGGAGUCCAUGGAGAACCCCAACCUGGACCCCCCAAGAAUGACCCUGAACAAUGAACGGCCCUUCAUGCUGCUGCCACCACUGAUGGAGUGGAUGCGGGUGGCCAUCACCUACGCAGAACACCGCCGCAGCCUCACCGUGGACAGUGGUGAUAUCCGGCAGGCAGCCCGGCUGCUGCUACCAGGCCUGGACUGUGAGCCCCGCCAACUCAAACCUGAAUGUUGCUUCAGUUCCUUCCGGAGGCUGGAUGCUCGAGCUGCUACUGAAAGAUUCAACCAGGACCUGGGCUUCCGCAUGCUCAACUGUGGGAGAACAGACCUCAUUAGCCAGGCCAUUGAGGCCCUCGGCCCAGAUGGGGUGAACACAAUGGACGACCAGGGUAUGACACCGCUGAUGUAUGCCUGUGCUGCUGGGGAUGAAGCCAUGGUCCAGAUGCUAAUUGAUGCUGGAGCAAACUUAGAUAUACAGGUUCCAAGCAACUCUCCCAGGCAUCCUUCCAUCCACCCGGACAGCAGACACUGGACCUCACUGACGUUUGCAGUGCUGCAUGGCCACAUCUCUGUAGUGCAGCUGCUGCUAGAUGCUGGUGCCAAUGUGGAGGGCUCGGCAGUGACCAGCGGGGAGGACAGCUAUGCUGAGACACCCCUGCAGCUGGCUUCUGCAGCUGGGAACUAUGAGCUGGUCAGCUUGCUGCUUAGCAGGGGUGCUGACCCCCUCCUCAGCAUGCUGGAAGCCAAUGGCAUGGCCUCUUCCCUCCAUGAGGAUAUGAACUGCUUCAGCCACUCAGCUGCCCAUGGCCACAGGAAUGUCCUAAGGAAGCUCCUGACUCAGCCACAGCAGGCUAAAGCAGAUGUGCUGUCCCUAGAAGAGAUCCUGGCUGAGGGUGUGGAAGAAAGUGACACAUCGAGCCAGGGCAGCAGUGAGGGGCCUGUGAGGCUAAGCCGGACCCGCACAAAAGCCCUGCAGGAGGCCAUGUACUACAGCGCCGAGCAUGGCUACGUGGACAUCACCAUGGAGCUGAGGGCACUGGGUGUCCCCUGGAAGCUGCAUAUCUGGAUAGAGUCCUUGCGGACCUCUUUCUCACAGUCACGGUACUCGGUGGUGCAGGGCCUCCUGAGGGACUUCAGCUCUAUCAAGGAGGAAGAAUACAAUGAGGAGCUGGUGACAGAAGGCUUGCAGCUCAUGUUUGACAUCCUCAAGACCAGCAAAAAUGACUCCGUCCUCCAGCAGCUGGCCGCCAUCUUCACACACUGCUAUGGCAGCAGCCCCAUCCCCAGCAUCCCGGAGAUCCGGAAGACACUGCCAGCCAGGCUAGAUCCUCACUUUUUGAACAACAAGGAAAUGUCAGAUGUAACCUUCCUAGUGGAAGGAAAGCUGUUUUAUGCACACAAGGUCCUUUUGGUGACAGCAUCUAACAGGUUUAAGACCUUAAUGACCAAUAAAUCAGAGCAAGAUGGGGACAGCAGCAAAACCAUUGAGAUCAGUGACAUCAAGUACCACAUCUUUCAGAUGCUGAUGCAGUACCUUUACUAUGGAGGAACAGAGUCCAUGGAGAUCCCCACUGCUGACAUCCUGCAGCUGCUGUCAGCGGCCAACCUGUUCCAGCUGGACGCCCUGCAGAGACACUGUGAGAUCCUGUGCUCCCAGACCCUCAGUGUGGAGAGCGCAGUCAACACCUACAAAUACGCCAAGAUCCACAACGCCCCAGAGCUGGCCCUAUUCUGUGAGGGCUUCUUCCUCAAGCACAUGAAGGCCCUGCUGGAGCAAGAUGCCUUCCGGCAGCUCAUCUAUGGCCGAAGCAGCAAAGUCCAGGGCCUGGACCCACUGCAGGACCUGCAGAGCACCCUGGCUGAGCGAGUACAUUCUGUCUACGUCACCUCCCGGGUGUGAGUCAGGGUGGAUGGUGACUGCUAUCUGUGGGUGUGCGAAGGUCUGCUAAAGCCAGGAACACAGCCACCAGUGACACCCUCAGUGAGGGAGGCCGAUAGGCCCUUUGGAGCUAGGCAUGUAGGGGUUCUUCCUGCUCUUCCCCCAGGUAACCCUCUGUGGUUUUGACUGAUCCUUGGGUGGGCAGAGAGCCCACUUGACUGUUGCUCAACCAGUAACUGCCAAGGGAAUGUGACAUCGUUUGCACUGUGAGGGCUACCUUGUGUCCUCUCCUGCAGUGGCUCAGCGGCAAGCUGAUCCACCCCAGCUCCAGUUCUACCAUCUACCUGGCCGGGGUUGUGAGGAGCAUGGACAUUCUUAUGAAUGUGGAUUAUGUUAUCCUGAGCCCCCGGCCACUAAAUGCCACACAGAAGAAAGGCUCUCUAAAUCUGUCCCCAAGCUGUGCCUUUGAAAGGGCUGGUGGCCCCUCUGUGAAGACUGGGUCUCUAGUGGACCUCCUGCAAGACUACUAACUUGGAGUCUGAACUCAGAGCUUUUGAGUUGAGGGUGUGAUGAGGUAUGGUACAGGAACACGAGGACCUCAGCUCCUGCUGCUACAGCUGGUAUCCAAAGUGAAGAGGUAGGCUCUAGGACCCCGCCUAGCUCUAGUGUGUCUGGAGACUCAGGCAGCAGUGCUUCUGUGGCCUCUCAAGUGCAAGGUUCCUUACACUCAGGACUAGAGUGCAAGAGCACACUUCUCUCUGGGAUCUGUGACUCUUGGACAUGAAGGACAGGGCCUUGGUGGAAGAGAAGGGGUGACCCCUCCCCACCCUCCCCCCUCAAUCUUGGCUUCCCAUCCUCUGGCCUGUUUAUGGACAGAUUCUGGGACAGCAUCAAGAACAGCUACCUUAGAAACUAUUUAUUCAUCAGAAGCCCCUGGGGCUUGCAAUCCUGGAAAAUAUUUUCAAUUCAGCUGCUUGUGCUGGAUGUACAAAAGAAUGAGUGGUAUUUUAUUGCUGUAAUAUUGUAUGAUAUUGUAACUAUACCUUAAUGUUGUCACUUACUGUAAAUGUACUAUGAUUUUAUCAACAAUAAACACUCAUUAACAGUG